AUGGCUUUAGCUGCCCUCCGCUCGAGCCGCAGUCUCGGGCCUUUGGUCCGAGGCCUGCGAUCAGAAAGGCGCUGUGUUGCGUCCGCCACAGCAACACAAUUGCCAUCAGCACCGCCGGCCCUCGGCCAGGAUGACAUUACCUUGACGGACCUGUCCAACAGACGGCAGGCCAUCAAGCAGGCGAAACCCUUCUCCGACUUCCUGACGGACAGAUACAACCGCCAACACGACUACUUGCGCAUAAGUGUCACGGAGCGAUGCAACUUGCGUUGCCUGUACUGCAUGCCUGAAGAGCUCUUCGUGUCUCAAGGCGUUACCAAAAUCCGCCUGACUGGAGGCGAACCCACCGUGCGUCCCGAUAUCCUGCCCUUGAUGCAGCAGAUUGGAAGUCUCAAAACAAAAGGUCUGCGCGAGCUCGCUUUGACUACAAAUGCCAUUUCGCUGUACCGAAAGCUGGACAAAAUGGUCGAGGCUGGUUUGACUGGUGUCAACAUCAGUCUCGACACUCUCGACNCCUUCCAGUUCCAGAUCUUGACUCGUCGCAAAGGCUAUGACGCUGUCAUGAAGAGCAUCGAUCGUGUCUUGGAAAUGAACAAGUUGGGCGCUGGUGUCAAGCUGAAGGUCAACUGCGUCGUUAUGCGCGGUAUUAACGAACGCGAGCUUAUUCCUUUUGUUGAAAUGGGCCGGGAAAAAGAUAUCGAAGUACGCUUCAUCGAGUACAUGCCCUUUGGCGGUAACAAGUGGAGCGAGCGGAAAAUGUUGACCUAUCAAGAGAUGCUGGACAUCAUCCGUGAGAAAUAUCCCGCGCUUCGUAGUGUAAAGGGCCAUCUCAACGAUACAAGCAAGACGUACGAGAUUCCGGGCUUUGUAGGAAAGAUUGGCUUCAUCACCAGCAUGACGCAUAACUUCUGCGGCACCUGCAAUCGCUUGCGCAUCACAAGCGAUGGCAGUCUCAAAGUCUGUCUUCACGGCAACACCGAGGUUUCGCUAAGAGACCUUUUGCGGAAGGAUAACAACGGUAAUCCUAUGGAUGAGCAAGCCUUUGAAGCUGUCAGAGAGAUAGAGAUGAAUAGGCGCCGAGGACUGUCCGUAACGGACGCAAGACCGAGUUGGAUCGAGCGAGAGACUGCAUUGCUCAAUCUGAUCGGAGAGGCCGUCAAGCGCAAAAAGGAGAAACACGCUGGCAUGGAGGAACUGCAAAACAUGGAGAACCGGCCCAUGAUACUUAUUGCUGAGGGCAGUAGCCCGAGGAGAGGAUUCGGAAACUCCAAAUUCUGGCCCAUUGGCUCUAGCCGACUAGGACAAGCCGUUCCUUUGCAUCUCUUGCACUCUAGUGUCCCAAACUCUUUCGGAACACGCCUAUACUCUUCUUCAUCCACCUCCUCAUCUCCGCCUCAGUCUUUAGAAGAACAGCCCGCCGAGGAAGUUCAAUCUGAUGUCACACCACCCCUUCUACCGACAAACACUGAGGAAUCAGAAUCUGGAUUUACAAGUCUCAGAGGCCUUUUCGGGAGCCCCAGAAGAUCUUGGUCUCCACCUCAGCCUUCGAUUCACGAAGCAGAUGCGAUUCCCCAUACGCAAUCUGGGAGAUCGACCCAGGACAUUGACUCUACCGAUAUUGACUCUACCGAUAACCCUUUCGAUGGUGACCAGUUUUUGGACCAUUCUAACAACUCUUCCCCUAAUACAGAAAAAGAGGAUGAGAAAGCGCAUGAGAUGUUGUCUUCAGUCCCUUCUAUCGAGCCCUCGCCGGAAUCUCACUUGGUUAGAAGCUCGCCUCUUGUACGAAAAACCAGUGCUCAAGUCCGAUCCCGGUUCGCCAAACAACCCCUUCACGACAUUGAGUACAAGAAGGCUACCAAACUCACCAAGCCUACUAGAGCCACAAACAAUAUGAAAUCGCCACAGUCUAAGCCCCUGCCGGCCUGGAAACUCGAUUCAGAAGAUCUCGAACAGCCAUCUCGGUCGGAUGAGCGAAAGGUCAACACGUCGACUGCAUCUGCAUCGACCAAACCACGCCCGUCAGGGCAGAAAACUGAUGCUCUGCCUCCGACGUCUCUAGCUAGAGAAGACAUUAAUCGGAGGGUUUCGGCUGCUCAUCAAGAAAAGUCAUCUGUAUCAUUCAAUGUCCCAGCCGAGGGAUCUUCUUCAAAACCGCUCGCUACUCCCGACAAUGAUUUCCUCGACUCGUUAGAGAGUGCAUUGACAACUUCGUCAAGCUGGGGAAAGGAAGAGUCCUCUAAUGCGGGUACUACUCUGACCCAUCUCACCUCGACUGGGGAGGCCCACAUGGUCGAUGUCGGCGCAAAAGACUCGACCGAGAGAGUCGCAGUAGCCAUCGGAUUCGUGCGUUUCGGCAACGAUGAGCCCUACAGACUCAUCACUGAGAACCUCAACAAANAGGGCGAUGUCCUCGGUAUUGCACGCAUCGCAGGCAUCAUGGCAGCCAAGAGAUGCUCGGAUAUCAUCNCUCUCUGUCACCCCAUCCCCAUCACAAAAAUCACAUUGGAUGUUGGGACGAUGGCGCCAGGCACACGCACCUACUCUGAAAAUACCGGUAAAUAUGGAAUGGUCGCGGUGGAGGCUCGAGUGCACACUCGUGGCCAGACCGGCGUUGAAAUGGAGGCUCUGACUGCUGUGUCGGGUGCUUGUUUGACGGUCUACGACAUGUGCAAGGCUGUGGAUAAGCACAUGGUCAUUUCUGGUACCCGUGUCAUGUACAAAGCAGGAGGCAAGUCGGGCGUUUUCCUGCACAGAAAAUUCGAGAAUCAUCCUGUUGCCGACAAGUUCAUCAAGAUGGAUGAUCUGAAUAGGAAGCGGUAG